CAGCGCGCGCGCCCCUCACCGAACUGACGUCACGGGUUUAGAAUGUCGCCACGGGCCCCGGAUCCACGGGAAAGUCUCUCACUGGGAUGAAGUCGAUGCUAAAACAGAAAAACUCCUAAACUUGACCUACGCAUCGCGUCGAAUGCAUGGCGAAUGGAAGCUCGUUAUGUCCAGUCCUACCUGGCUGCCUCCAAGAACUCUGAGUAGCCCUGAGAGACCUACAGCACAGAUGGCACACUCUGGACCUGCUUUCUACAGACCACCCAAAAAAGGUCCAUCUGACCAGAGAGCCAAAUAUGGUGUUUAUGAUCAAAAUGGAGCAGCAGGAGGAAAUGGUGUACCCUCAAGGUACAUUGCCACUGGACCCUCAGGUGGAAGCAUGCAUCAUCAGCACCAAGACGGUUAUUCAGGGCCGUCAUCCUAUCACCCCCUUUCUCCACAAGGAGAGCACUAUUAUCCCCCAGGUCAUGGACCCAAAGAUGACCAUCUCUUCUGGAGCACCCACAUGACCAGCUAUGAUCACCAUACACGUGGGUCUGAUAAACACCUCACUAACAUUGAUGCAGAGAUAGAUUCUCUCACAUGCAUGCUGGCUGAUAUGGACAGCCAUCCUCAGAACACAAGCACACAGAUAUACGACAAUGUGCCUUACAACAAGCAUCUCCACAGCGAGCGCUACAAACCAUCCAACCAGACAGGUGCCCUGUCCCAGACCAGACCCUCCAUGGGUUACCCUCCUCAUCCUCAAAGCCAGUACCAUCCUUCUCCACCUUAUGCAUCCACUCCAAAACCUGAAUAUGUCUAUCCAUCCCCAUCGUCCUCCACCCACAAACCUUACCCCCAGCCAGUGCCAGCCUCCUACACCACCGCCUCCACUCCGAGUGGGCCUCGCUUUACCGUGCAGGUCAAAACUGCCCAGCCUGUCACUUAUUCUCAGAGCGGCAGGCAGGCAGAGCAAGCCUACACCCCGCCACCUCCUCGCCAGCAUGCUACUUGCCCCACCCCACAGGACCGUCCACAUUACUCAGAGGUCCCAGGGCAGGGACAGGGCUGGUACCCACCACCACCAAUUCCAGCCCAGCAGGCCCAUGGUGACCCGGCAGCAUAUAAAGCAGGCUCCAGUGGUGUUCAGCUGCCAAGCAGGGGACAGGGAUCAUCAGGAAAGAAAGGACAAGAGCAGAGCUACCAGGGAAGCGUUCCCAGACCUGAAGAGGAGUUGGAUCGUCUCACUAAGAAGUUGGUGUAUGACAUGAAUCAUCCUCCCACAGAGGAAUACUUCGGCCGGUGUGCUAGGUGUGGAGACAACGUGCUAGGUGAUGGGAGCGGCUGUAUUGCUAUGGAGCAGGUGUUCCAUGUGGAGUGUUUCACAUGCAUCACCUGCCAUGCCCAACUCAGAGGCAAGCCUUUCUAUGCACUGGACAAAAAGAGCUACUGUGAGAGCUGUUACAUUAGCACAUUGGAGCGCUGCUCAAAGUGUUCAAAACCAAUCCUGGACCGGAUCCUCCGAGCAAUGGGGAAGGCGUACCACCCACGCUGCUUCACAUGUGUAGUCUGUGGCUGCUGUCUCGAUGGCGUUCCCUUCACCGUGGAUGCCACUUCACAGAUUCACUGCAUCGAAGACUUCCACAGGAAGUUUGCCCCAAGAUGCUCUGUGUGUGGGGAACCCAUAAUGCCUGAGCCAGGUCAGGAGGAGACUGUGAGAAUUGUGGCUCUGGAUCGCAGUUUCCAUGUCAACUGCUACAUUUGUGAGGAGUGUGGUUUGCUGCUCUCAUCUGAAGGAGAUGGUCGAGGUUGUUACCCUUUGGAUGGUCACAUUUUGUGCAAGAGCUGCAGUGCCCGAAGAAUCCAGGAUCUCUCCGCCAAAAUCUCCACUGACUGCUAACAACAACCUUCUGAUCUCUUUCACUGCUUUCGGCUUUUUGUUUUUUUUAUUUUGGACCCUUUAAAGGAUAUUUGAGAAAAUGUUACUGGUAUGGUUAAACUAUUUAGCCCUUUAUUUUUGCCACCCCCCCCCCCCCCAUUAUAUUAGCAGCCGACUAGAUAAUGAAAUAAAUUCACAUACGCUAUAGCUGAAUUCUAUAUACUCAGGGUUUAUAGUUAAGCAGAGCCAUGAAAUAUGAAUGAAGUCUUUUGCAUAGGCCACUUUAAGAGGGCAAGUAAUCUUCACUUUAAUGAACAAAAUGGUUAGUUUACUGCAGUGAUCACUAUGAAUUGUGAAUAGCCUCUGUGUGCAUGCGUACAAGUUUGCUGAUUUUUCUCUAAAGGGCAUGGGCAGGGUUUUUUUUUCUGCUUUAUAGUUGUGGCACUGAGAACCUGUACUGUAGCCAGCAGAAUUGUAUUUGAUUGUGCUAAUUCAUCAAACUUAAAAUCCCAUCAGUAAUGAGUAGAGCUUCACUAAAAUGCUCUUAUUGUUCACAUGUACUCUAGUCUCUAUAUCUGUAUUUGUUGAUCCCCUUCCUGCAAACAGCAAGAGUCUCAUGACACUUAAUUUAGCGUGCUGUGCUAGAACAUGCUUAAUAAUAACCUCACACCUUCUGCUGGUCUGUGUAGGAAAUGUUGGGCAUCAGUGAACUAGAAUGAUUAACGCUACAACUGAUCACUGUUACUGAAGAAUAUCAACAUUCUGUUUAAUACCUGAGAAUGGAGACCAGUUUUUGUGUUUAAUUUAGAUCUAUACCAUAAUUUGCUCUUUGUCAGGGUACAUUUAGCUGAUCUUUUUUUAUAUUUUUUAUUUACAAAUUAGCAUGAUGGCACAGUGUUAAACAUAAAUAAAUGAAGGAACUGUAAUGAGAUAUUUUUGUAAGAUUCAGAUCUUGGGCUUUACGAAAAGGACAACUUUACUAUAUGCAGUGUAAUGUGAACAUGGAAAUGGUAGCUUAGUAGUAAAGUUGCUGUAAAGGGAUUUGGAGAUGUAGUGAAAAAGAUUGUAGGUAAAGGGUAUAGUGAGCUAAAAGAUAUAAAAAGAAACAAAAAUUAGAUCUGCGCUCUGCAAUUUAGUGCCUCUUAAGCCCUAAAGCAGAUUCUGCCUUAUUUUGCCUGAAAGCAGUUUUAUCAUUCUAUCAAUCAAAGUCAUUCUGGAUUUAAGGAAAACUUAUUUCUUAUGGGUGUAGUCUUCUUUAAAAAGCACCUAAAACAAUAAAGAGUACAUUGCUUACUGAGUAGCUAAUGUUGAAAUAACUAUAUCCGGGUAAAUGAGCUUUAGGCCUUAGUCCAUUUUGAUUGCUGCCAUUUUGUUAUCGGUGAGCUUUUAUCUUUUGCCAACAGUUGUUAGUAUAAAAUGUGCCCUCAUUAUUGGUUAAAUUGUCAUUGUGCCCUUUUUGCCGGUUAAAAUAAAUUGAUUGACUUGUGUUUUCUUAUAGUGAAACUUGUGUAAUGAUUUGAAUAUCUGGAUAUUGAACAUAGAUGCUAUUCCUGGUCAUGGACUUACAAAAUAUUUAAUGUCAUUAUUCACUCCCUAUCAGAACUAAAAGCACAAAAUUUCAGCUGAUCUUCAUUAAUUGGAUUUCAAAAUGAUAAAUUGUGCUAUCUGUGAGUGAAUUUUAUUUACAAAUCUUACAUCUGUUUUUAAACCAUAUAAAAUAUUCAAUAUUUGUAAUGUUUUUUUAUUUCUAUUUUUAUGUAUGCUUGUACCGUUUUAAGUUUAUGGUUCUGAUUAUACAGUAAUGUGCCGGUGUCGUGUGAGCAUUCUCAUCCCUCUACAAAUGUUGUUGAUUUUUUUUUUUUCCUGCUACACAAUAUAACAAUAUCAGUGCUUAAUUCUAAAUGUUCUCUCAGUGCCCGCUGUUACUAAUGUACAAGUACUCUUCAUGCAGUAGAACAUCACCUUUUGUUUGUGACUCAUUAACUUUGAAACCGGCGCUCAGUAAUGAUUAAGAAACAUCAGUUCAUGAGUACAUCCGUUCAUCAGUACAGUCAGUGAUGUUUUGUUUAUAAACCAUGGGUGUAACCUAUCAAUUAGUUCUGUUAGCUAUGAAUUUUGCAGAUAUAUAAAACUGUUUCAUUCACUUGUG